CACUUGUACCUUCCUUAAUUACCUUACCGACUAGAACUAGAACUAGGUUCUAGUUCUGGAAACGUCAACGGUCGUCCUAUCACAGGCUACCGCUACUGUACGGGGGUGUCAUCACCUGACACCUAUUCGCAACUGAUGCGAUAUGAAUCAAAAUUACCCCUCAAUUAUACAUUCAACACUUUCACAUCCCGGUGUACAAGGGAUUUUGUCUACCUACUCUACUCCACGCCCGGAAUAGAACUAGAUCUCUUAGCAUUUCUUACCACCAUCGGGUAAGGUACAGUCCCGUAAGAAUUCAACCCCGAGCCUGUCAAAAUUAUCAUCAUCCUCAUCGUCGAACCUAAAGAUCAUUUCAUCAAUUCUCGAUUGGUUACAAGGAAAAAGGUAUUUACCGUGAACCAGCGUUUGCUCCAGCACGAUGCACAAGUUCCUACAGAAGCUCGAAGAUAAAGUCGACCAGCUACUGGGCCAGGAGCAAGAGGAGCACUCCCACACUAAUGAGGGAGCAUGCGACACUUCUCAUCCUGUAGAACACACCAACAAUCGUUAUCACUCGUUCAGCCCUCAGACAUCUGGAACCCCCAAGUGGUACGUGGACGGCGCGUCGUAUUUCUGGGCCGUCUCUCAUGCUCUAGAAGAGGCAAGAGAGAGUAUCUACAUUCUAGACUGGUGGUUGAGUCCCGAGCUCUACUUGCGUCGACCCCCCGCCCGCAAUGAGCAGUACCGCCUGGACCGUAUGCUUCAAGCUGCGGCAGAACGGGGCGUGCAAAUAAGGGUUGUCGUUUACAAGGAAGUACCCCAGGCAUUGACAUUGAACUCGGCACACACGAAACAUUGGCUGGAAGGACUUCAUCCCAAUAUCAAAGUUUUCCGUCACCCUGACCACACUCCGAAUGCCAAUGACGUCCGCACUGAGCUUGCAGACUCGUUCCAAAACAUUUCUUUGGGCUCAUUCAAGCUUUCCACCCUACCCAUAGACACCCUCAAGAGUAUAUAUGGCACAGCAGACGACAUUGUUCUUUACUGGGCACACCAUGAAAAGCUUCUGAUUGUGGACAAUCAUGUUGCGUUCAUGGGAGGGCUGGAUAUGUGCUUCGGCAGAUAUGACACCAACAGCCACCCCAUCGCCGACGUUCACCCCGGAGAUCUAGAGAAGAUUGUCUUCCCCGGACAAGACUACAACAACGCCAGAGUCUAUGACUUUGAAAAUGUAGACAGGUGGGAGAACAACAAACUGGAUCGCACCAAAAACUCCAGGAUGGGCUGGUCCGAUAUUUCCAUCAGUUUGAGCGGCAACAUUGUCGGGAGCCUCCUCAUUCAUUUUGCAGAGCGCUGGAACUAUCUCUAUGAAAAGAAGUACAGGACUAGGACUGAUCGUGACUACAAACCCCUUGAUGUACCUGGGGCGCACGCGCCCCCAGCACCAGGUCUUUUGCCCGAGGGCGAGCACUUCUUUGGCGGUCUUCAUCGCCACUUCCACCGCCACUUUGACCGUUACCUCCAGGGCCAAGACAGCGCACAGGAGCACCACAAUCGCAGUGCCGGCGAAGGUCGGAAUGCCGAUGGUGGCAAUGAAGCCCAUAUACAGCUCACCAGGAGUGCUACUCAAUGGAGCUCUGGGCUAGCAACAGAGCACUCGAUAGCUAACGCCUACAUCGACGCCAUUACUAACGCCCAGCAUUUUGUGUACAUUGAGAACCAGUUCUUCAUCACAGCUACGGGUAACAACCAACGACCGGUGGAGAACCAACUUGGUGCAGCUAUUGUGAAUCGUAUAGUGCGGGCGCAUCAGAACAACGAGGUGUUCCACAUAUUCGUCUUGAUGCCAGCGGUCCCUGCCUUUGCAGGCGAUCUGAAAUCGGACGGUGCCUUGGGAACUCGUGCAAUCAUGGAGUAUCAAUACAACAGCAUCUCCCGUGGUGGUCACAGCAUCAUGGAGGUAGCGCGGCAACGAGGCGUCGAUGAUCCCAGCCGCUAUAUUACGUUCUACAACCUGCGGAACUAUGACCGUAUCAACACCAGCGAAACAAUGCGGCAGGCGGAAUCGCAGAGUGGCGUUCAGUAUGAAGCUGCUCGCCGGGAAUUUGACGAUAAUGCCGAGAGGCAUCACGAUAUGCGUGAACAAAACGAGGGACGCUACGGUGAUCAGUACCGCCGAUACCAAGAUGCUGCCUCGAAGGCGGAGGAUCGCAGCUGGGACACUAUAAGCGCCUGUUACAUGGACGGCGGCCCAGAUAUUCACAGCGUCCCCUGGCACGGUAGCCCUAAAUCCGAGCUGGACGCCUUUGUCUCGGAGGAGCUUUACAUUCACUCCAAGGUUCUCAUUGCUGAUGACCGUCUUGUUAUAUGCGGCUCUGCCAACCUCAACGAUCGCUCACAACUGGGUAACCACGAUUCGGAAAUCGCCGUUGUCAUCGAGGAUCCCACACCCGUGCGCUCCCGUAUGAACGAUCAGGAUUUCAUUGCCUCCCGAUUUGCCACCUCACUGCGCCGCCAGCUCUUCCGCAAACACCUAGGCCUUCUUCCCGACCAAAAGUGCGACCGACCCGAUGCCAACUGGACCCCGGUGACCAGGGACCCCAACCGGUACGACUGGGACUCACCCGCGGACGCCCUGGUGCAGGACCCUAUGGGCCCGCGAUUCCUGGAGCUUUGGCGCAACACGGCGCGCACCAACACCGAGGUCUUCAGCAAGGCAUUCCACAAUGUUCCCAACAACGCCGUGCGAACUUGGGACGAUUACGAUAAUUUCUUCUCGCGACACUUUAUCAUCCCUGGCGCAGAAGCCAAGGAGGGAGACGAGCAUCACGACGUGGACAACUCAGGCAAGGUCAAUUACGGCCACGUCGUGCGGGACGAGUUCCCUGGUGGUGUGGCGGAGCUCAAGGACUGGCUCUCCCGCAUCAGGGGCUCCCUGGUCGAGAUGCCACUGGAUUUUCUUGUCGAUGUUCCCGAGAUGGCUAAGCAGGGUCUAUCUCUGAAUGCAUUCACAGACGAGCUGUACACCUAAACCGAGAGUCUGCCAAGGGCAUGCGUGCGUGGGAUGUUGUUCUGUCUGACAUUGGGGUACAUUGAUCUUAGCUUGUUUAACCGUCCAACUAACCCUAAGAAUAGAUACCAGUUUUUUGUAUUGGUACAGCUUUACACAACCAUACUUGGUAUGGACAUCAACAGUCGCCAAUCCUGGUCGGUAUUUCUUACGUCUCCAAAUCAACAUGAUGGACUGUGCCGAGAGUAGAUGAGAACAUAGUCUAUUCAGUACCCCAGUGCCCAAGAAAUUAAAUGACGCAAUCAAAGGCGCCCAGUGACUACCCCAAAGCUAUCGUUAAC